CUUCGAAACGAUCCGGUCUCGGGCCCUUUCCUCAGCUCUGUGCCUCUUUGUCGCCGACGAUCACAGCCUCUCUCGGUUUCUCAGCCCACGUCAUGGCAUCCGAAACCCUUGCCGACAAGAACUCUGUCUUCAAGAAGCUCAGAUCUAGGUCAGAAAACAAGAUGUGCUUUGACUGCAACGCGAAGAAUCCUACCUGGGCUUCUGUGACGUAUGGGAUCUUCCUCUGCAUCGACUGCUCGGCUGUCCACCGCAGCCUCGGCGUCCAUGUUAGCUUUGUCAGGUCAACAAAUUUGGAUUCAUGGAGUCCUGAGCAACUGAAAUUGAUGAUUUUUGGUGGUAAUACUCGUGCCCAUGUUUUCUUCAAACAACAUGGAUGGACGGAUGGUGGGAAAAUUGAGGCAAAAUAUACAUCCAGAGCUGCAGAGUUAUACCGGCAGUUGCUUUCAAAAGAAGUUGCCAAAAGCUCCACAGAUGAUACCAGUUUACCAUCUUCUCCCACUGCAUCCCAAUCACCACGAGCUGCUGAUGGCUUUCCCGAUCUGAAUUUUUCAGAAUCAGAAAGCAAGGAUAAACCAAAUGAAAAACAUGAGAUUGUUGAUACUGUUCAUUCUCCUAGAGCUCCUACUCAUUCAGUAGUUAUUAAGAAACCCAUUGGCUCAAAGAAAGGUGGAAAAUCUGGGGGACUUGGUGUUCGAAAGCUCACCACAAAGCAAAAUGAAAGCCUCUAUGAUCAGAAACCUGAAGAACCAGCACCAGUUCUAACUUCCUCAAUCAGUUCAGCCCCUACAGUUGGUUCAUCUUUCCCUUCUCGUUUUGAGUAUGCGGAUAAUCCAUCUACUGAGAGUAGCUCAGGAGGAACUCAAGUAAUGAGCCAUGUUGCUCCUCCAAAAACUUCAAGCUUCUUUUCAGACUUUGGAAUGGACAGUGGAUCUCAGAAAAAAUCAAGUUCUAUUUCAUCAAAAGUUCAGGUCCAGGAAAGCAGUGAAGCAAGGCAGAAGUUCUCAAAUGCGAAAUCCAUCUCAUCAGCACAAUUCUUUGGUGACCAGAACAAUGCUAGUGAACAAGACACAAAAACCUCUUUGCAAAAGUUCUCGAACUCAACUGCCAUAUCCAGCUCUGAUCUUUUUGGUCAUAACACAAAUGACUCGGGACUUGACUUGAAUGCCGUAGAUCUUAUCAACCGAUUCUCUUUCCAGGCGUCACAGGACAUAUCAUCACUAAAGAACGUUGCUGAGGAGACUGGAAAGAAACUGACAGCUUUUGCGUCCAGCUUCAUUAGUGAUCUCCAAGAUAGAAUCCUUUGAGCGAGCUUCUUCUUACUCGAUCUGCUACUUUGUGAUGAUUUCCUUCAUGGCUUCGGAAGUAAUGUGACACAAAUAUCCAUCAGUUGUCAUCUCCAAGCCACUUCUUGUAAGAAAUCAAGACUGCCCUCUAAAUUUUGUGUUGAGAGCCAUUUCGGAUAUAUUACUAUUGAAUAAUUACAAAGAAUAACCUAAAAUAUAUUAAACUAGUUUUAUGGCGUGCAAUAUGUUUAUUCAUCGAUGUGUCUCAGCUUCCCAUCCUGUUUGUAUAUUUGAAUACCAAUUCUAGUUUGAAGCAUUAAGAUGAUUCUUCUAAUGUAUUUUAUGAUCCUUAUCCAAUGGAACAGCUAAACCUCCUUAUUUU